CUGAAAUUUUUGAUACCCAAGUAUGCUUGUGAUACUAAUUGUUGUUGGGUAUACCCUAUAAGUUAUGGUGGAGGUCUGGUGGAAGGCGAUGAAAUAAACAUAGAUAUUAACGUGGAGGAAUAUUGUGCUGCAGUGAUAACGACACAAGAAUCAACUAAGGUUUUCGAAUGCAACAAUAACUUGAAGACAAAACAGGUGAUGAGAUAUUCUGUGAGAAAGGGUGGUCUGUUAUGUGUUUUAGGCGAUCCCGUUGUUUGUUUUAAAGACGCAGACUUUUCUCAAAUACAGGUAGUUAAAAUGUCACACGGCAGCAGUCUGGUUUUAUUAGAUUUGAUAUCAGCUGGACGAAUUGCACGAGGAGAGUGCUGGCAGUUUACAAGGUACUUAGUGUCAAUUGCUCAUACUUUCUAA